AUGGAUGCCAAUUUCGAGAAGUUGCCUCAAUACGAUGAGAGCAACUCCGACUCCAACAGUCUCUUCUCGGAGACUGGAGGUCUACUGGGAAAGGACGCUCCCAUUACCCAGAGAAGGCCAGCCUGGAGACGAUGGAUCAUGCCUGCAGGCCAUCUUGCCCUGCUGGUGCUCUACAGCUCGAUCUUCUGCCUUCUGGUGCGACAUGUUCGCAAGAUCGAGAAGCAAAAUGAGCAUGUCGUCUACUCACCUGCACAAGAGGCUGUGAAAUUGGAGGCGAUGGAGUUCCAGGGCCAGCUCCGAAUCAUCAGUCCAUACCAGGGUGACCCCAGCCCUGAACUAGAUCAGGCCUGGAAAGAGCUACUACAGUACUCCAACAUCUGGGUAACCGGCGACGAGCUAUCGAAGAUCAACAAGACCUCGAUCCCUGUGCCCGGCGAGGAGGACAAAUACUGGGUUGAGCUGAGUGUUGUUCACGAGCUGCACUGUAUUAAACGCCUCCGCCAAUACAUCCACUCAGACUACUACUUCGCCAACAUCUCUGCCGAAGACCGUCGUCUCAAUGACCUCCACACCGACCACUGCUUGGAGAUCCUACGACAAAGCGUCAUGUGCCACGCCGACAUCUCCAUGAUCACCAUGACCUGGGAGCCCACGAGCAAGUACCCGGCCGCGGACUUCCAGAACGUCCACGAGUGCAAGAACUGGGACGUGCUGUACGAGUGGCAGAAGGAGCGGUCCGUCGAUAUGAUGAAACCUGGGUUCUUGGUGCAUCCUUAUCUUGGCGUGCCGUUCCCGGAUGGAUAUUACCAUGGCAUUGGGGCUGCGGAUCCCGAGAAUGCGAUUGGGAAAGGUGGAGAGGAUACGGGUAUGGAGAUGGAGAUGGAUUAA